AUGGAGGCUCAUGUCCAGCACGUGCGUGCAGUGCUGAAAAGACUAAUACAACAUCAGCUCUAUGCUAAAGCUGAGAAAUGUGAAUUCCACACAACCUCCACGUCGUUCCUGGGUUAUGUCAUUUCCGCCGGUGGAAUCGCCAUGGACGAGUCCAAAGUAGAGGCGGUGUUAAAGUGGCCCCAGCCCCAGACUGUCAAAGAAUUACAACGCUUUCUGGGCUUCGCGAAUUUCUAUCGUCGCUUCAUUUGCGGGUUCAGCACAGUAGCAGCUCAGCCCAAACUCAGCCCCAGGUUUGUGGGUCCAUUCAAGGUUCUCGGACAAGUGAACCCUGUGGCAUACCGCCUGGCACUACCGCCCAACUACCGCAUCUCUGCCACAUUCCAUGGUCUUGGGUGA